UCAUCGGCUUUUUUCUCUCUGGCCUUCACUUUGCACAGGCUCUCACAUCACAUGCCGCUGAUGCUUCGCGUCUCCUACUCCCUCCUGCUUCCACUUAUUAAUCCGCCGCUCUCUGCCUUCCCCCUCCAGGCCUCCACCCGCCUCUCCCGGCGCGAGAUCCGGCUGCGCUUCCAGAAGCUUCUGGAACGCCCGUCCCAUGAGCGUCUGAUCGCCCAUCGCCAUGGGCUGCGCUGGAUCCACUCCCAAAGUCGAUGAGAACAGUAAGAAGCUGAAAAAGCCUAAGGCUUGGAAGCACACUCAACCAAUUACACAAGCACAACUCAAACAGAUGCGUGAUGAAUUCUGGGACACGGCUCCGCAUUAUGGUGGCCAAAAAGAGAUAUGGGAUGCUCUUAAAGUUGCUGCAGAAUCUGAUUUAGCCCUUGCACAAACCAUAGUGGACAGUGCUGGGAUCAUCGUCUCAAACCCCGACAUGACGCUUUGCUACGACGAGAGAGGUGCCAAGUAUGAACUGCCGAAGUAUGUUCUGAGCGAGCCAACUAAUUUGAUCCAUGACGGUUGAAUCUUGAACGAAGACUUAGAACACAAACGGAGGGCCACGUAAAUUAUGUUAAGAUGUUCAUCUGGUCGCUGACUCUGAUUGCAACUUUCGGAGGCAACAACCUCAUUUUAGCCACUGUAUAGUAAAUCUUAUUGGUUACUCCCUCCGUUCUAAAAAAAAUAUAACUCUUGCUUUCCGAUGAGUCAAACAAUUUUAAGUUUAACCAAAUCUAUACAAAAAGUUACUAACAUUUGUGUCUUCAAAUAGAUUUAGUAUGAAAAUAUAUUACAAGAUCAAUUUAAUGAUAGUUAUGUUGUAAAAUAAAUAUUAAUACUAUCUUAUAUAAAUUUGAUUAAACUUAAAAUGUAUAAAUUCGGUUAAAUUUAAAAUUGUUCGACUCCUUGGGAAACGAGAAUUGUAUUUUUUAGACGGAUGGAGCACGUCGUAAACCUGCUACUGAAGUCGCUUAUAAAGGAGAUUGCUGACUUUGAUGCGUAUAUGUACUACCAGUCAUCUGUUGUACUUAGAGAAACACUGCACCCCAUGCCUGUUGCAAAA